UACACAAAUCUCUCCUCUCUUCUCUCCAAUCAAGAAAUAUAAUACAAAAUUCCACGAUAACAACCUCAGUCUGUCUCUCUACGUGCAAACAAAUCCCUCUCCAUAUAUAUACAAAUCCCUCUUCAUAUAUAUACAAAUCGCUCCUCUCUUCUCUCCAAUAAAGAAAGAGGAGAAAUAUAAUAAACUUUCGCAAUUUGCAGAGGCCUCAUUGAUGGGUUUUCUCCGAGGCUCAUCAUCAAUGUCCUCUGGUAUGCAAAUCCCCCAUCCUUUUUCAAUUCAAAUUCAUGCAAAUGAUAAUGGGUUCCCAUUGAAACCCAUCAUUCUUCAUGGCUUCUCUGUUUCAUUCCACCUCUUUAUCUUUUUCCUACUCUCUCUCUUCUAUCUCUGCAAGAGACCCACAAAGGAAAGAUUGGAAAUAAACAGAUUCUUCUAUUACAAAACAACCCUUUUCAGCUCCCUGGGUUUGGGUUUGUUCUAUUUGGUUCUCUCUCUUCAUUUCUAUAUUUGGCAUGUUCAUGGGUUUUGGUCUGAUGAGAACAUUGUUACCUUUUUGGAUUUGGUCGUUAGAGUCUUUGUUUGGGUAGCCAUCUCAUGCUAUUUGCGAUUUGUUGAUAAAUAUCCCACCUUUCUUAGCAUUUGGUGGGGUUUAUUCUUGGCUAUAUCUUUCUCUUUCCUUGUAGUAGAUUGGAUUUGGUACAGGAAGCUUGGGAUUAUGACUACCAAUUUGUGGGUAAUUGAUUUUGGGUCUCUUGUUGGUGGUGUGAUUAUUAAUUGUGCGGGGAUUUUCGGGAAAAGGAGCGAAGAAGAGAAGGCUAAUCUUCAUGACCGUCUAUUGAAUGGGGGUAAUUUUGAUGAGUCCUGUAAUAGGAAUGACAAUGGAAGUGAGUCUAUCUUUGAGAAUGCUGGAUUUUUUAGUCUGCUCACUUUCUCUUGGAUGGGUCCUUUGCUCUCUGUUGGUCACCAAAAGACAUUAGACCUUGAAGAUGUUCCUCAACUAGCUCAGAGUGAUAGUGUCAAUGGUGUCUACCCUGUGUUUAAAAAUAAGCUUGAAUCAUACACGGGCAGUGAUUGUAGGAGUGGCAAUGAUGAGAGUUCUGCUUGUAGGAUUUCCACGUAUAAAUUGGCUAAGGCAUUAGUGUUUUCGACAUGGGACCAAGUAAUGUCAACAGCUAUCUAUGCACUUGUGUACACAAUAGCUACAUAUGUCGGUCCCUACCUCAUCGCUUUCUUUGUUCAGUACCUUAAUGGCACUAGAAUGUUUGCGAGUGAAGGGUAUAUUUUAGUGGUAGCCUUCAUAGUAGCAAAGCUGUUUGAGUGCUUGUCACAGAGACACUGGUUCUUUAGAUUACAACAAGCUGGGAUCAGAGUAAGGUCAUCCCUUGUUGCGAUGAUUUAUCAAAAGGGUCUAACUUUGUCUAGCCAUUCGAAGCAAGGUCAUACCAGCGGAGAGAUCAUCAAUUUAAUGAGUGUUGACGCCGAUAGAAUUGGGCUCUUUAGUUGGUACAUGCAUGAUCUUUGGAUGGUCCCUAUUCAAGUUGGCCUAGCUCUAGCCAUAUUGUACUCUAGUUUGGGCCUUGCUUCAUUGGCUGCUUUAGCGGCAACAAUAGCGGUUAUGUUAGCCAAUUUUCCCUUGGGGAGUAUACAAGAGAGGUACCAAAAGAAAUUGAUGGAGGCAAAAGAUAUAAGGAUGAAGACUACUUCGGAGAUCCUAAAAAACAUGAGGAUUCUCAAGCUUCAAGCUUGGGAAAUGAAGUUCUUGUCCAAGAUAUUCGAGUUAAGAAAGGAAGAGGCUUCUUGGUUGAGAAAGUAUGUAUACACAUUGGCUAUGAUAACAUUUACAUUUUGGGGUGCUCCUACUUUCGUUGCUGUGGUCACAUUCGGAGCUUGUAUGAUUAUGGGAAUUCCGCUAGAAUCGGGCAAGGUUCUUUCCGCACUUGCAACUUUUAGGGUGUUGCAGGAGCCAAUAUAUAAUCUUCCCGAUACUAUUUCAAUGGUGAUUCAAACAAAGGUUUCCCUUGAUAGAAUAUCUUCAUUCCUUUGGCUAGAGGAUUUGCCUACUGAUGUGGUGCAAAAGCUUCCACGGGGUAACUCAGAGGCAGCGGUCGAAGUAAGCAAUGGGAAUUUCUCUUGGGACCCAUCUUCAGAAAUUCCUACAUUGAGAGAUUUGAAUUUCAAAGCAUUGCAUGGUACAAGAGUUGCCGUUUGUGGUACUGUUGGUUCCGGCAAAUCAAGCUUGUUAUCGUGCAUAUUAGGUGAAGUCCCAAAAUUAUCUGGAACCAUCAAGUUGUGUGGGACUACAGCUUAUGUUGCCCAAUCACCUUGGAUACAAAGUGGAAAGAUUCAAGACACUAUACUAUUUGGUAAGGAAAUGGACAUUGAAAAGUAUGAGAACAUACUUGAAGCAUGCUCAUUGAAGAAGGAUUUGGAGAUUCUUCCAUUUGGGGAUCAAACCGUGAUAGGGGAAAGAGGCAUCAAUUUGAGUGGAGGACAGAAGCAGCGAAUUCAGAUUGCACGAGCUUUGUACCAAGAUGCUGAUAUUUUUCUUUUCGAUGAUCCAUUUAGUGCAGUUGAUGCUCAUACAGGAUCUCAUCUCUUUAAGGAAUGUUUGCUUGGGCUUCUAGCUUCGAAAACUGUUAUUUAUGUCACCCAUCAGGUGGAGUUUCUUCCUUCGGCUGACAUUAUCCUUGUCAUGAAAGAUGGAAAAAUUAUACAAGUGGGCAAAUACAACGACAUACUUACUUCUGGAACUGACUUCAUGGAACUAGUUGGUGCACACAAAGAUGCAUUGGAAGUGCUUGGUUCUAUGGAUCUUGCUAACAGCAAUUCAAGUAGCAUUGCAGAGACAAGUCAACAACAACAGGCUCUUUCUGUAAAGGAUAAAAAAUCUGAACAAAGUGACAAAAUUGAUGAUGAAGUCACAGAAAAGGGUCAAUUGGUUCAAGAAGAAGAGAGGGAGAAAGGCAAAGUUGGGUUUUGGGUCUAUUGGAGAUAUUGUACAACUGCAUACAAAGGUGUUCUUGUGCCUCUAAUACUGCUAUCACAAAUCCUCUUUGAACUACUUCAGAUUGGUAGCAAUUAUUGGAUGGCUUGGGCAGCUCCAGUAUCGAAAGACACGAAACCUCCCGUAAGUGGAGCUACACUCAUCUACGUAUUUGUGGCGUUAUCUCUCGCAAGCUCCCUGUGUGUCCUUUCGAGAGCUUUGCUUCUUGUAACAGCGGGAUAUGAAACAGCAAAGGUUCUAUUUAACAAGAUGCAUACAUCUAUUUUCCGUGCUCCCAUGUCAUUCUUUGAUUCCACUCCUAGUGGUCGCAUCCUUAAUAGAGCUUCGACUGAUCAAAGUGAAGUAGACACAAGUUUCUUUUCCCAGAUUGGCUCAUUUGCUUUUGCGGUCAUUCAGCUUCUGGGUAUUAUCACAGUCAUGUCACAAGUUGCAUGGCAAAUUUUUGGCAUUUUUAUUCCUGUGAUUGGCAUAUGCAUUUGGUAUCAGGUAUUGCUCUUUGUUCAAAAUUUUGUGCCUUGAAAUA